AUCACAUGACGCUUUCAUUAUAUAAUACAUGAACUCAAUAAUUAUUAUUAGGACUUUUGUUUCUAUGGUGUGGUGGUGUAGGUGGUUACGAAUUACGAUGAGCGGAUUGUUUUGAGUUUGUAAAAUCGCAAUCGUUAGAUGCAUGUGGCGAUACUGUUUGCUAUACUACGACAUAGAAUAUGACAGCUAAUUAGGAUUGUGUGCUCUAACUCGACGUCAAUGUUGGUCUGAUGGCUUUCUCGACCAAUCGACUAGCUAGGUUAAUGUACUUAUAUCGUUGAAUCGAACAUUCUGCAAUGAACAAGUGUUACAUCCUCAUGAAUACAAUUUCCUUAAAUAAGUAUCAUCAGCAUGCAUGCUAAGUGAAUUGUCAUUAUCUCAGUGGGGGAAAAUCAGUAAUUAUAGUAUAUUAUUAUUAUUAUAAUUAUCAUUACUACUUACCAUGCUACUAAUUACUGAGCUAAUUGAUCCAAAAACUACUUUUGCUGCAACAGCGGCCACCGGAGCAGGGUUCAUAGCCCGGGACCUGACAUUCGAGAACACCGCCGGUCCCGCGAAGCACCAGGCGGUGGCGCUCCGCGUCGGCGCCGACCACGCCGUCGUGUACCGCUGCAACGUGAUCGGGUACCAGGACACCCUCUACGUCCACUCCAACCGGCAGUUCUUCCGCGAGUGCGACGUCUACGGCACCGUCGACUUCGUUUUCGGCAACGCCGCCGUGGUGCUCCAGAACUGCAGCUUCUACGCGCGGAAGCCCAUGGACCUGCAGAAGAACACGGUGACGGCCCAGAACCGGAAGGACCCGAACCAGAACACGGGGAUCUCGAUCCACGCCUCCCGGUUCCUGGCCACCCCGGACCUGCAGGCCUCCAAGGCCCAGUUCCAGACCUACCUGGGCCGGCCCUGGAAGCUCUACUCGCGGACCGUCGUCAUGAUGACGUACAUCGGGGACCACGUGCACCCCAGAGGUUGGUUGGAGUGGAACGCCACGUUUGCAUUGGACACGCUGUACUACGGCGAGUACAUGAACUACGGGCCGAGCGGGGCGGUCGGGCAGCGGGUCAAGUGGCCCGGUUACCGGGUGAUUACGAACAAGGUGGAGGCGAACCGGUUCACCGUGAGUGAGUUUAUAUUCGGGUCGUCGUGGCUGCCGUCGACCGGGGUGGCCUUUCUGGCCGGUUUGAAUACAUAGUUUAUUUUUAUAUAUAUAAUAACUGAGAUUAUAAGUACAGGGCUAGCUGUUUCAUAAUUCGUUGUCAUAAAAAAAUGUCUUUAAUUUUCGCCGUUAAUCACAAAAUCAUAUAUAAAGGCGUAUAAUUAUAUAUGUGGUGGGUAUAGUUUUUUUUCCAGAAAGGGAACAAGAGGGGAUUAUGUUGCUGCUAUAGGGUAUAAUUGUAAUGCAAACACUGAUGUUUUCAGGGUUGUAAUUUUUUUUUCCUUCUUCCACAUAACGUAAUUGAUAAUAACGAUUCUAUGGAGACUAAUGAACGUUGUACUUGACGAGUAGAGUCGAAUCAAGUUUUAUAUGAUAGAAACUCGACUCGUUUAUUAGUUGUUUAACUUAACUUUGAGUCAAUGUUGAACCAUAGUAGGGCAUAAUAUGAUGCUAUAGGUAUAAUUGUAUUCAGACGUUUUUGUUUUAGGGUUAUAAUAUUGUUCCCCACAUAACCUAAUCAAUAAUGGAGACUAAUGAAGACGUUGUAAUUCAUGAGCAUAGUCGUACCCGUUUUAUAUGAUUCGAACUCGGCUCGUUUAUUUGUUGUUCGAUUUAAAUUCGGGUUAAGCUUGAGUCGAGAUAGGAAAAGGCAAGUUCAGCUCGACUUGAAUUAAAAUAGUUUUUAGUCAAACCGAAUCGCCUUGACUCAGUAAGUGUUCACGAGGAGAAUUUGUUAGUUGAUCGAGCACAAAUUCAACUCGAGGUAACUUUGGUUUGACCCAUUUUCUUGUGCUGGGAAGAUGAUAACUAAAUAUAUUUGAAUUUUAAUGUUAAACAAACAUCAAACAGUAAGCAUCCAACCUCUGAAAAAACGAGCAAGUUUAACGAACAAACUAUAAAACCAGCUUACAGUCCUAACAAGUCAAACUUACCUCGUCAAGUAACAAACGAAACGUUACGGGCUUUUCAAAAUUCAGAUAAUGAGUAUGAUUUUACCAUGCCUCAGACAAACGGUGGUGGGGGCGUUUGAUGACUUUGAUGUCGUAAUAGCUUGGUCGCCUGUACGCCAGUUGUGUUGUGCCGAAUUAUCCAAUUAAUGAUAUAUUGAUCAUCUCAGAAAAAUAAAUAAGGACUAUUGUGAAAUUAAUUGCGGUGUCGGUGGAGGGAGGGAAGGAAGAUGGGAUGGGUGAACGUGGGUUGAGUUAACACUUUAAAAAAAACAACAGUAAGAAAAUCUGACCCACAAGAUUUGGCCAUUGAUUGUCGAGCCCAACUGGCUGGCUGGACCCUGGCCCAGUUCAUCACGAGCCAGGAGUUUCGGAGUAGGCCCACAUCCACCCCGGCGGCUUCUACUUUGUUAGCUGGCUGGCAAGCAAUGUCAUAGAAUUCUAUGUGCAACCAGGUCCACGAAUUCCUUUCAUCCUUCACUUUCUUCUCCAACUCACAUCUUCACUUUACCCCCAAAUGAUUUGAAGUGUGGUCCAUGGCCUCGUGUCCUAGGCCAUCCCAUCCUUCAAACUAUCUAUCUCUAUCCUGUUUUUCCUAGGGUCCCAAUGAGUAAUGGGAGUAAUGGGUGUUCAACCUCCAGCAGUGUUGAGAGACUGACGAGGCUAGACCAUCGAAAAGUAUACGUCUACGUCUCAGUAUCACGCAAAGACGUAUUUUAAUUAUCGGAUGCUUCCAACAGACAAAAUAAUUCUUAUUCCUUGAG